AUGGAGUGUUUAAUCCAGCAUUAUGGGUUAUUUGUGGUGAUGCUAAUGAUACUUGCUGGGGCUUUACCAUCUGGUUUUUCGCAAACAACCCGACGCUUUCAAUUUAAUGUUGAGUGGAAGAAUGUAACCCGUUUGUGCAGCACAAAGCCACUUCUAACAGUGAAUGGAGAGUAUCCUGGGCCAACCAUUGCUGUCCAUGAAGGUGAUAAUGUUGAAAUUAAGGUGACUAAUCACAUUGCAGACAACACCACCAUCCACUGGCAUGGUAUAAGGCAACUAAGAACAGGAUGGGCAGACGGUCCAGCUUAUAUCACACAAUGUCCCAUAAGAGGUGGCAAGUCCUACACCUACAAGUUCACUGUACAAUACCAAAGAGGCACUCUUUGGUGGCAUGCACAUUAUGCUUGGCAACGAGCUUCUGUUUAUGGCGCCUUUAUCAUCCAUCCGCGGAUGCCAUUUCCAUUUUCAGCUCCAAUUCAAGAUGAAUUCCCCAUUAUAUUUGGUGAAUGGUGGAAUGGAGAUGUAGAUGAAGUGGAAAAUGAAAUGAUGAAGUAUGGAGGUGGGCCUAAUAGUUCAGAUGCUUAUACCAUAAACGGUUUGCCAGGACCAUUCUAUCCUUGCUCCAACAAAGAUACCUUCAUCAAAACAGUGGAACGUGGCAAAACUUACCUGCUUAGAAUCAUCAAUGCAGCACUCAAUGAUGAGCUUUUCUUCGCUGUGGUUAACCACACAUUAACGGUUGUGGAGAUUGAUGCAGUGUACACCAAACCAUUCACAGCCACAGCCAUUAUGGUAGCUCCUGGUCAAACUACCAAUGUUCUGCUCACUGCAAAUCAAGUUCCUGACUCCUCUGGCACGUUUCUAAUGGCAGCCUGGCCUUAUCUCACUUCCAUUUUUCCUUUCGAUAAUUCUACCACAGCUGGCUUCUUGCGUUACAAAAACACAGUGACUGAAAACAUUAAGCAUCUGCAGAAGAUGCCUAGCACUUUUGAACCAAACAAAUACAACCUUCCUAAAAUGGAAGACACCAAGUUUGUGACUAAAUUUUCUGACAAGCUCAGAAGCCUGGCAUCCCCUCAGUAUCCAUGCACUGUGCCUAAAACUAUCGACAAGCGAGUUGUGACAGUUGUAAGCCUUAACCUUCAAGACUGUCCGGCUAACAAAACCUGCAAGGGGUAUGAAGGCAAGAGAUUCUUUGCUUCAAUGAACAACCUGUCCUUUGUCCGUCCCUCCAUGUCAAUAUUGGAAUCUUAUUACAACAAACUCCGAAACAAUGAGUACUCCACUGAUUUCCCAGAAAAGCCUUUAAAGCCAUUUGAUUAUACAGGGGUGGAUACAGUAUCAGAGAACAUGAACACUCAAUUUGGUACAAAAAUUUUGGAAGUCCCUUAUGGGACAAAUUUAGAAAUUGUGCUGCAGGGUACAAGUUUUCUUAAUGUGGAGAACCAUCCAAUUCAUAUCCAUGGCCACAACUUCUUCAUAGUCGGUAGGGGGUUUGGGAACUUCAAUGUUGCCAAGGAUCCAGCAAAAUACAAUCUAAUUGACCCUCCAGAAAGAAACACAGUGGCAGUUCCAACUGGAGGAUGGGCUGCAAUUCGAUUCAAGGCCGACAACCCAGGAGUAUGGUUCAUUCAUUGUCAUCUUGAAGAGCAUACUUCCUGGGGUCUUGCCUCAGGCUUAAUUGUCCAAAAUGGUCCAAGAGCAUCUCAGUGUGUGCUUCCUCCCCCUAAAGAUCUUCCCUCAUGUUGAGGUGUUUGCAGAGACAACUCAAAGUGUUGUUGGUCAACAAAACUUUGUCACACCAGUCUGUAGGCUGGAGCCACACUUUUCCUAGUGUUUGCAAAGCUUUAGGUGAGCAUACGCUUUGUACUUUUUUCUCUUUUUUUUGGUGAAUAUAGAGGUUUUGUACUAUUUUUUUUCUGUAUAAUAUACGGGUUUUGUACUCUUGAGUAUUAUGGACCAGAAACAUGCACUGAAAUGAAUUGCAAAAAUCUGGAUAUUGCUCUAGUAGAAGUUCUGUUGAGACAUGAGAAUGGCUCUCAAGCUCUUAAGAACUACAUGCUUUUGGGGGGUUACAGUCUAGCUAGAGUUUGUUAAUGGAGCCUUUCUAUCUCUGCCUCUGUGUGUGCGGUGUGGGUGGGUGAAGGUAAGGUAAUCAAAGGAAAUGCAUGGAACAUGUUCAACAAAGUAAUCAAUCACGAUAAAAGAA